AAACCCGAUAAGAAAAUGGCGGCUUGUGCUGCGCCCCCCUACGUCCGCAUCUCCUGCUCCACACCUUCACCGACCGCUCUCCGCCGGCCACGCCGCCGGCGCGUCCCCUCCGCCCGAUGCUCCCUCGCCGCGGCCCCCGGCCUCCGGGCGCCGCCGGAGCUCGUCGACUCCAUCCUCUCCAAGGUGAGGGGGACUGACCGGGGCGUGCUGCUGCCGGAGGAAGGCCACCAGGAGGUCGCCGACGUCGCGCAGCAGCUCGGCAAGUACUGCAUCGACGAGCCCGUCAAGUCCCCGCUUAUAUUCGGAGACUGGGAGGUGGUGUAUUGCUCGGUGGCGACGUCCCCAGGAGGUAUUUACCGGACCCCUCUCGGCCGGCUGGUGUUCAAGACCGACGACAUGGUUCAGGUGGUGGAAGCCCCCGACAUCGUCAGGAACAAGGUCUCCUUCUCCAUCUUUGGCCUUGAUGGCGCCGUGUCUUUGAAAGGCAAGCUGAAUGUAUUAGACAGUAAGUGGAUUCAGGUCAUAUUUGAGCCCCCGGAACUGAAGGUAGGCUCCUUGGGUUUCCGAUACGGGGGCGAGAGCGAAGUCAAGCUGGAAAUCACCUAUGUCGACGAGAAGAUCAGGCUCGGGAAAGGAUCCCGAGGCUCGCUUUUCGUCUUCCUAAGACAAGAUUAGAAGGUUAGGCACGUAUGGCACCAUGCCACCAUUGCAUACUUUCAUGUGCUCGACGCCACAAGGGAUAUCAGACAUAUGGGUGUCUGCACAACUGCUUGCACAUGUAAAUUCAGAGAUAAAGCCCACAAAGUAGUUUUUUAUGAUAUUAAUUUCUACCUGAAGCAGACUGCCUUGUUGUGAGCGAAAAUGUUUGCGGUACUCAUGCUGUUUCUGAUGGUUGAGGAGCCGUUUUGAGUUGA